AUGUCGAGCCGUGCCUCGCCGUCAUCUGCCCCAGCGGCCGCAUCGACCCUGGCCUCCGGCGCAUCGUCACGCCUGUCCUCGCCCGCCAAGUCGGCGACAGCACCCUCGGCGACGCUCCCAGACGACGAUACCGUGCAGAUCGCCUUUCUGCGUUCCAUCUCGCUCCACCGACCCAUUGGCCCGCACCGCCACUUCAAUAUCCUCCCCGUGCUGCACCACACCCAGCGCGCCCUCGACCGCAAGCACGCAAAGCUCCAGUCCCGCCUCAAGCAGCUCAUCUCGGGAUCCUCGCCGGCCGCCACAUCCUCGGGCGCUCCCGACGGGCCCGGCGGCAGUGGCGGCGGCAGCAGGGCCAAUAGCAGCGGGAGGCGCAAGUCGUCGCGCAGCCGCUCCGUCAGCGUCACCAGCACCAAUGCCGACGGCGACCGCACCGACGACGACCACGAGCGCGACGAGAGGGAGCGCCAGGAGCACAUCGCCCUCGUACAGGCCGAGAUCGACAACCUCGCCAUCCGCAACGUCGACACCCGCAUGCUCUGGAACUCGCUCGCCGAGCUCUUUGACCAGGAGGCCCUCGACGAGCUCGAGGAGAGCGCCAUCUUUGAGACGUCAAACGGCGACGGCAGCACGAGCAGCGGCAGCGUCAAUGACUCGAACAGCGAGGACCCGGCAUCGUCCGAGCCACCCACGCCCUCGAAGCGCAAGCGCGGCGGGGGGCGCGCCCAGCACGCGCACGCCCGUGGCGCCACCAGGUCGAGGCCGCCCGAGGUCGAGGAGCGCUACGUCUACCAGCGGCCGGGCGCGCCCGACUACGAGGCGGCGCGGCGCAAGGACGCCAAGUCGAGCAGCUCCUCGUUCUACCCCUGGUCGUUUGGCCAGGAGCCAGACGGUACAAAGGACGGCAUGGCAAGGCGCGACUUUGACCUGAUGCCGUGGCACGAGUUCGAGCCGCUCAUCGCGCCGCGCCGCAAGGCAGCCAGCCUAGAAGAGGAAGGGCCCGGCGGCGUGCUCAAGGCCAAGCUGCCCGCCGAGACCAAACGGGGCAGGGGCGGCUCGGCGGCCAAGGUCGUGGACACGGCGUCGGACGAGGAGGAGCUGUCCGAGGUCGAGUCGGUCUCGGCCAAGCAGUCGGCCAAGGCGCGAUCGAAACGCGGCGGCAGCAAGCGCCGGCGCCAGCGCGACGAGAGCUCCGACGAUGAGGGCGACGAGGAGGCCGAGGAGGAGGAGGAGGAGGACCGCGAGGAGGAGGCAGAGGACGAAGAGGAAGGCGCUUCGUCCGGUAGGGAAGGCGAGGACGCAGAGUCCGGCUCUGGCGAGGACGACGAGGCGGAAGAGGAAGACGACGAGGCCACCACUCGCAAGGGGCGCGGCGGAGGGCGUCGCGGGUCCAAGGCGGCUCCGGCCAAGAUCACCAAGGCGACUAGGGGCGCCAAGGCCGGGGCCGGCAGGCGCUCCUCGGUCGCCGCUGCGUCCGGACGUGGCCGCUCCAGCCGUCGCAAGCGGGCCGAGGAGGAUGAUGAGGAGGAGGAGGAAGAGGAAGAGGAGAAGGACGACGAGGAGGGUGGCGAGGAUGAGGAGCAGGACGAAGAGGAGGACGACGAGGACGAGGCCGAGGAGGAAGGGGAUGAGGACAAGGACGAGGACGAGCAGGAAGCGUCGACGACAACAGGCCGACGGGGCAAGAGGGCGAGCAAGGCCGCCAACCCACGCAAGCGCUCGUCGGCCGCCGUGACAGAGGACGACGAGGAUGCGGGCGAGAGGCCGUCGGUGCGCAGGCGGAGCAGCCGGCGUGCCUCUACGACGCAGCUGCGCGAGGAGGAGGAGGAAGAGGAGGAGCAGGGGGGCGAGGGCGGACAGGCGGCGGAGCAAGACGAGGAGAUGGAGGAUGCGAAAGAGGAGCAGAGCGGCGGUGGGUCUGAGGAGGAGGAGGAGCGAAGGUCGCAGCAGGGCGGGGACGACGAGGUCGAAGAGGGCGGUGGAGAUGACGGCGAUGACGACGACGAGGAGGUGGAAGAGGAGGAAGAAGAAGAGGAGGGAGGGCCGCGAAGAGCGGGUGCAUCGUCGCGCGGCGGUGGCGGGGUGGCAGCGAGGAGCAGCGCCGCGGCCACCUCGACGCCGGCCAAGCAGACGCGAUCCAAGGCCACACCGUCAUCGACGUCGCGCACCAAGGCCACGCCCUCUUCCUCGUCGUCCUCAUCGACGGCGGCGGCGGCGAGCACGACGCUGGCCAAAGACGCAGCGGCGUCCGGGUCCGGUACGCCGUCGAGGCCCGCGGCGGCUACGCGAUCCUCGACGCGCAACGUGGCGUCCGAGUCGAGGAGUACCCGCCGCACGCGGCGUUGA